CGGAUCCCGAACGCGGUGUUCACAAGCUUUUCGGCGUCGACUGUCUCUCUCUGCUGACACCCGGGACUGGCGCCAACAUCCGAAACCCCCUGAAACACCCCCACUGCGAUUGAGGAACCCACCCACGCACUCGGGUCUCAACAGGAAAAUAUGUCGGUAUAAACGUGAGCCGAUCUACCCGACACAAUGCCUGUUCCUGGUGCAGACUCGUCGUCAUUCUUUCUCGCCAAGUGCGGCAGCACUCUUUUUUGCUUCGGUCGCAGCGCGCUGCUCUGGGUGGUUGUUUUUGCCGUUUUUUUUGCUGGGCGCUUUGCGAAAUCGCGUUUUUGGUGCGCGUCGCGCUUCCGCCGAGGGGAACAAGAAACCUUGAUCGGAUCGCGACUUGGAAAGGGGAAAGAAAAAGAACAAAAAACCAGCCAAGAUGGCGGUCGGCACGCUCGCCCUCUUCUACCCGGUGUUCCUGCCGAUGAGCGCGGCCAUCACCGCGUAUGCAGGGCAUCGCGCGAUGCACGUCGACUGGCGCACGCUGCUGAAGCACUUCCUCACUGGACCCGGCCGCACAAGCCGGAUCCUGCUCACCUUCUUCAUCCUGCUCAACUGGAAGAGCAUGCCUCUAGCAUGGACUGUCCGCGUCUUCCACUCCUUCAUCUACCACGCGCUCCGCCGACCCAAGACCCUCCCGCAGCGCGCGCUCUUCCAAUACAGCAUCACCUCCUCGCGCACGUCCCUCCUCGAGACCGACUACAACAUCCACAAGAGCAACUCGACCUACUUCGCCGACCUGGACGUGAGCCGCUCGCACCUGGUGACCCACCUCCUCGGCCCGGGUUUACCCAUCAUCGGAGCCAACGCGACCAACAAACUCGUGCGCGACAAGCAGGGGGCCGUGGUCAAGGGCAGCCUCGGGGUCGGGCUGGGCGCGGUGUUCUGCAGCUUCCGCAAGGAGAUCGCGCCGCUGCAGGGGUACGAGAUGUGGAGCCGGCUGCUGGCGUGGGACCGCAAGUGGCUGUAUAUCGUGACGCAUUUUGUGAUCAAGGGCAAGGUGCGCCCGAACGGGGGGUGGAGCGGCAAGGGGAAGAGGAGGGCGGGGGCGGAGAACGGGAAGCUGCCGGAGGACUUUGGCAAGUACGUCAUUGCGACGGCGGUGAGCAAGUACGUGUUCAAGCUGGGCCGGUUUACGGUGCACCCCGCGCUGGUGAUCGAGGCGUCUAAGCUGCUGCCCGAGAGGCCGGGUGAAGGGUGGACCGGGGGUGAGACGGGCACGGGCACGCCUGAGGACCUGGGGGAUUUGGAGGGGCUGGAGGGGGAUAUCGAGUGGGAUUGGAAGAGGGUCGAGGCGGAGCGGAGGAAGGGGCUGAGGUAUGCGGACCACUUUGCUGCCCUGGACGGGACAAACUCGUUGUUUGAUGGCGGUGAGGACGGCGCGAUUGGGAAGUUCCCGCUGGGGUGAGGCGGACGGAGCCCAGGAGGGCCUGUAUUAAUCAUAUUUUGUACAUUUUCCCCAUCAGUACAGUACAUAUGGGUGGUGCAUUAAUCAUAUUUGGACAUUUUCUCAAUCACGUGGAGGCGGUCGGUUCGCGUCUUUGCUUUCAGGGCUUGGAGUGACUCAAUAUCCUGCCACUGUUUUAGGAUCACUAGCACAAGGAUGAUAAUCGUAAAUAGAGGACGUCAGCCGC